AUGGCCUUCGAUCCGUCCAACGUGAAUCUCAAUACCGCUAGUGCCAGGGACAUCAUCUGCUACCUCCAACUAGGCGAGAAUGAAUACAACGGCCAUCUUCCAGCCCGUAUCUCUGCCAUAUUUGUCAUGUUUUUCGUAUCGACUCUGGGCACAGCGUUUCCCUACCUUGGAAAGCGAAUGCCAAAACUACGCAUCCCACACUCCGUAUACCUUUUCGCAAGAUACUUUGGAAGCGGUGUGAUUAUAUCUACUGCGUUUAUACACUUAUUGGAACCGGCAUAUCAAGCCAUCGGACCAAAUAGCUGUGUAGGCAUGACAGGAAACUGGGCACUGUACUCCUGGACGCCCGCCAUCAUGUUAGCUGCAGCAAUGAGCAUCUUCGUCGUCGAUGUGAUAGCUCAGAAAUACGUGGCCGACAAGUACGGCUUAGACCUACAUCCCAACGUUGAAGACUUGGUCACCACCAAAACCCCUUCACCAUCCACCACACCCACCACACCUUCACCUCUACCAAAAACCGACCCAGAAAAACAACACCUCGACACCUCCACCGCCGAAAAGAUAGCUUUCGCCCAACAAUUCACCUCCUUUCUGAUUCUCGAAUUUGGAAUCAUCUGGCACUCCAUCUUCAUCGGUUUGAACUUUGGAGUGGCAGGUAAAGAAUGGAGAACCCUUUACAUCGUCUUGAUGUUCCACCAAGCCUUUGAAGGAUUGGGAAUAGGAGCACGCAUGUCAAGUAUACCUUUUCCCGCAAGAUAUAAGAAUUGGUUACCUUGGUGUUGUGUUUUGGGAUAUGGGGUUACUACUCCUAUUGCUAUGGGGGUGGGGUUGGGUGUUAGGGGGAGUUAUAAUGCUGGAAGUUAUGAAUCGUUGCUUAUGGUGGGUGUCUUUGAUGCUAUUAGUGCUGGGAUUCUGGUAUAUAAUGGAUUGGUGGAGUUGUUGGCUAGAGACUUUAUCUUUGAGCCGCAGACGAGGAGUAAUAAGCGGUUGACUUUUAUGAUGGGCUGUGUCUUCCUGGGGGCCAUGCUCAUGUGCACUAUCGGUAAGUGGGCCUAG